CCGGCCCUCGCGGCAAGGCCCCCUGCCUUUCGCGGUCGUCCCCGGAGCCUGAUGCCGGAAGCAGAGGGGAAGGCCGGGGAGCCCUGAAGCGGCCCGGUAUUUGUAGCAGGCAACACUUCUGAAGAGUUUAUUACAGGCUGGUAAACCAGCUGGGCCUCAUUUCUUAUUUCAGAGCCAUCUGCUGGCUUGAUUUGCUGCCUGCCUGUGUGGCUUCCGACCCUGCUGGAAUAUCAAGACCCAGAGGCACUGGCAGAAGAUAAGCUAAGUUAAGGUGUCUUCAAGGGACUUCUCGAUACUUCGAUGCUUCUGAUGAAAACUGUGGUGGCCAUGCCUGGAAAAGUAAUACAAAUUGUCCAUUAUGGCAAAAUUGUUUCACCAUGGGGACUUCAGGUGAAAAGAACUGCUAGCAACUUUAGUCGUGCUUGGCAGAGAAGUAUAGCUUCAGGUGUUGUUGCUAGUACUGCACCAGCAAACACUGUGGAACUUCUCGGAAAACCUUAUCUCCCAGAUGACUACAGCAACGUUACCAAAAAGAUUCUUUCGAAGGUGGGAAAAAACUUGCACAAUCAACAUCAUCACCCUUUGUGGUUGAUCAAAGAGCGUAUGAAAGAUCACUUCUACAAGCAGUACCAAGGACGCUUCAGGACCCCGCUGUUUUCAGUGUAUGAUGAUUUGCCUCCAGUGGUCACAGUAGAACAGAAUUUUGACAGAUUGCUCAUUCCAGAAGAUCAUCCUAGCAGGAAGAAAGGAGAUAAUUUCUACCUCAAUCAUACUCAUAUGCUAAGAGCCCACACUUCAGCUCACCAGUGGGACUUGAUACACUCAGGACUUGAUGCCUUUCUGGUUGUGGGGGAUGUUUACCGUCGUGAUCAGAUUGAUAACACCCACUAUCCAGUAUUUCACCAGAUGGAGGGAGUACGACUCUUCUCCAACCAUGAGCUAUUCAGCAGUAUCAGUGGUGGAGAAACUUUUUCCUUGUUUGAAAAAGGUCUUCGGACACCACUCAAGCAAGAGAUGCACACUAUGGAAGCAGUGAAGCUUGUGGAGCACAGUUUGAAACGAGCACUGACAAAACUUAUGAUUCAUCUCUUUGGUGAUGGGCUCGAGAUUAGAUGGGUGGACUGCUAUUUCCCAUUUACUCACCCUUCCUUCGAAAUGGAAAUCAGCUUCCGGGGAGAAUGGAUGGAGGUCUUAGGUUGCGGGGUCAUGGAGCAGCAGCUAGUUAAUUCAGCUGGUGCUGAGAACAAAAUUGGUUGGGCAUUUGGCCUGGGGCUAGAGAGGCUGGCCAUGAUUCUGUAUGGCAUCCCUGAUAUCCGCCUUUUUUGGAGCAAAGAUGAACGUUUCCUGAAACAGUUCCGUGUCCCUUGUAUCGAUCAGAAAAUAACAUUUCAGCCUUUCAGCAAAUACCCUCCUGUGAUCAACGAUAUCUCUUUUUGGCUGCCCUCUGAAAAAUAUUCUGCAAAUAACUUCUAUGAUUUAGUCCGAACUAUUGGAGGAGACAUGGUAGAAAAAGUUGACCUCAUAGAUGAGUUCACACAUCCAAAGACAAAAAGGAUCAGCCAUUGUUACCAGAUAACUUACCGACACUUGGAGAGGACCCUGGAUCAGAAGGAAGUAAAUAGUAUCCAUCGAGCCAUUGAAGAAUCAGUUGUACGAGAAUUAGGAGUAGAAGGACGAUUUUGACCUUGUAGCUUUGAAUUUGUGGAUUUUCAUUUUUAUUCUGUUAAAAACAAUAUCACACUAAAGCCUCUUGACAAUGGUGUAACUUUCUGGUAAUAAAGAUUAGUAAUGUAGUAUUUCCUAUUGACAUUAAUAAAUAUCUUGUCAAGUAAUCUUUGUACAUUAUUAAUCAGUCCCUGUAGAAGUACUAAAGAGUAAACAA